AGCUGGGAAUCACUUUAUUGAUUGUACUUGUACCAGCAAUUCAUAUAAUUAUCAAGGAUAAAACUGACUUUUCAACAGAAUAUGCUGGUAAGGGGAUAAAAAUAGAAAUGGCGUUUUCAUGAAUUUGGUUUCCUUGGGAUACUUCAAGUAUGUGGGUUUCCACUGUGUUAAAGUUUUCAGAUAACUUUGACAAUCAGCUUCAUCAAUGAUUUCAUCAAACUAUAAAGGUCGACCACAAGUGUCAAGGUACUAAUAGAUUAAUAAAGGAUUUGGCGCCUAGAGGGUAUAACUAGAUUGGUUUGAAAUGGAAAAGGGAUACUCUCACGUCCACAAAAUUUAAAAGGAAAAAUGAAUUCAUACAGCUUAACUAAAAUAUUUUUAUUAUGAGUCUUAGUUGAAUUGAGUGGACCAUUUAUCCACCAUUUGAAUGCUCAGUGUUUUCAACUAUGGUGGAUUGUUUACUUUGAAUGAAAAUGCAGUUUGUAGAUAUUUAUAUGCAUAAUUUCUAAUUACUCAUAUUGAUCUGUUUUGGGAUUGUGACAUCAUGUGGUUACAAAAAUGAAUAUUCCUAAGCCAGUGAUGUAGUACUAGUACUGAUUGCCAUAAACACUAAGGUGAACAGUGACUUAAUCAGUUCAGAAGUUCAAUGAUUCUGCAUUGGAAUACAGAAGAGGAAUGAAAUAUUUCUAGAAACAUGGGUAACAUUCAUCGCUGCUCCUUUUGUUAUGUUGUUUUGAUUGUUCCUGCUGUCUCUAAGCAUAACACAACAAGCACUUUACUGUUGAUAAAAAAAAAAGGAAGAAGAAGAACAAUGUGGCUUUUCGACUUUCACACUCUUACGGAGCUGAAGAAUUUGCCCUGUUGUACUAAACCAUAAUUCUGUACAUAUUCUCCCUUAGUUGAAUCAUGUGUAAGCAUAAAAAGGAGAAAAGAGAUAAGGAGAAGAGAGAAAGUAAAGAAAAGAAGGAGAAGGAUGGAAGUGAUGGAAAACAUAGGGACAAAAAUGACAGAAAGGAAAAGCACAGGGAUAGAAAGAAGGAGAAGGAGAAGGAGAAGGAGAGGGAUAAGGAUAAAGAUAAAGAUAAAGAUAGCAGUCGCACAGACGACAAAAAGCUUUCAGGGCCUACUGAAGGUCAAAAUCGAAAGAAGACCUCAGAUGAGAAGAAGCUUCAAGAAAAAUCUGAGGGUGACAGGGGGAGGGAGGUCAGUCAGAAAGAGAAGGAAAGCAACAAAGAUAGAAGCAGUCCUUUGGGUGAGAAUAGAGUUGCAGUACAGUUUGCGGGUUAUAAUGGAGAGAAGCUUAUCAAGAAUAACCAUCUGGCCCAGGAUUCCAGGAAUUCUAGAUUUGUACAGGAGUCUGGCAGGAAGGUCAGAGGUGAAGAUAGGGGAACUAAAAAUGAGUUGGUUGAGAAGUUUAUGGGAGCAGAGCAAAAAAGAGAAGAUGAAACAGUCAGAUUGGUGUCAUCCAAGAGUGCUAGAACAUUGGCAGAAGGGAAGGAAAAGAACAAGAAAAGUGAUGAUUGGAGUUUGGCUGGGCAAGUAAUUGGGGAGGAGACAAGAUCUUCUGGAAAUGCUUUGGUCCACAACCUUUCUGAAGCAGUUCCAACUAGAGUUGACAGAAUUGUGAGACAAGUAGAGAAGGAUGUUGACCAGUGGAUGGAAGGGAAAGAGAAGACCAAAGAGAAAGAAAGUGAUCAUAGAUUCGGGGAUAAACAUAAGGAUGAAAAUAGAGAGAAGAAGAGUCAUGGUAAAAAUAAAGACAGGGAUAAAGGGAAGAAAAAGGAGGAGAAGGUGAAAGCAAAAGGCGAACAGAGGAAUGUGGAGAAGGGUAACUUAAAUGGUAGUAACAAAGUUGACCUCAUAGAUACCAUUAAUCUUAGAACCUUUCACCCUUCCGAGGAAAUUGGCAAAAAUGCCAUUGCUGAGGAAAAUCUGCGGAAACGGAAAGACUUUGAGAAAAAUGGUUUUAUUCAUGCAGCUAAUGACAUUAAACCCAAUAAGUUGCCAAAACCCACUUCCUCUCAUAUGUUGAAGGAGAAUGGCUUGCAAUCUUUCCAGGCUUCCCCCACACCAUUUAGUUCAGAUGGGCAGGGGCCAGCUAGUAAUUGUAAGGUGGAAAAUAAAGAGCGCAAGGUAAAUGGAAUAAUUCAAGCUCAGGCAUUCAAUGUCUCCUCAGCAAAGCCUUCAUUGACAGGUGCACAAGCUGAGCAGGCAGAUAACACGUCAACUAAACCACCCCACCCAGAUUCGAAGUUCUUGUGCCAGUUACUCUCAGUUCCCAAAAUGGAAGAGUGGCCAGGUUUCAAUGAACAAGAAUGGCUAUUUGACAAAAAUAGAUCUCAAUUAAAGAAGCCCAAGAUGGGAACUUCUGAGAUUGAUGAAACAUCCCAGGUAUGGGCGGAGGCUUUAAGGAUAGAGUCAGCUGAUGUCUAUGCUCUCCCAUAUGUUAUUCCAUACUGACAUAUAUAGUUGGGCACUCAGUCAAUCCCUUACCCUUGGGAACUCUCCGUUCAUCCUGUCUGUGGGAGGCAGCAUAGGGCCCUGGGGGUCAAGUAUUUGAUUCAGGUUCUGGAUUCUUUAUCAUCAGUCAUGAUAUGCCUCUGUUGCAGUGAAUUUUUUGCAACUGACUGCCUCGAUCAGAAACUACAUUGAAUGAAAUUUUUCGGUCACACAAAUCAUGAACACGCCUUUGUUGUCAUUCCACUGCUAGAAUUGGAUGGUGGGUUUAGCCUCCUGGCACAAGUUGCUAAUUCAUUCAAAACACGCAGCUGUAAAGGCAACUGCUUGAGGUUGCAAGGAAAGGGCAAUGUAUAGGCUUGUGCCAUUUGAUUUUAUUUGCUUAGAGCCGAACUAUUGAGAAUGUAGGAGGAAGUAGCUGCGGUCUUUGCUACCUCACUGCAAUUUUUGAUUUGUAUCAUAACACUUAUUUACAAAAGAUGUUGGUUUACAGAAGAUGUAAGAUGGGUGGAAAUGAAAGUAGUGGCAUUCAUUUAUUC